GAGUCUCCCUCUUUCUGGAUGAUUGAGGGCCUGGUAGCUGGUGCUCCUCGAGGUUUUCUACUGACUGCUGCAACAUUCUAGAUGUAAACAUGUCAGGAAUGAAUAGUGACCAGCUGCACCGCUCCACUUUGGGGAUUUACAUGAGUUUGACUGACGAGCUCAACCCAAGUCUACAGAAGCUGGUUUCACUGGGAAACAGCUACGCCCAUGCUUUCAAAGCUCUUGCUGUCAGCAGCGAAGCCUACUUCAAUGCACUUUCAAAGAUCGGCGAGAAAGCUUUCUACUCCAUGUCGUCCCGCUCCCUCGGAGAUGUCCUGAUUCAGAUCUCUGAGAACCAACGAAGGCUCACCUUGGAGCUGGAGGGAGUGUUCCGCAAGUUCAGUUUGGAAGUCCUGCAGGUGAUGGACAACAACAUCCAUUUGGACAGAGACUACAUCUCAGACAGCAGAGUGAAGUAUGAGAAGGAGGUCCACAACCAGACAGCAGGUCUGCACAGGCAGCGGAGUAGAGGAAAGGGCCAGGACUCUGGCGAGUAUGCAAUGUUUCUGAGGGAGAGCCAUCGUGAGGCGUUGGAGGAAGAGGAGCGGCGGUACCGCUUUGUUGCAGAGAAACACUGUGAUUUCAUACAGUCCAUUGGCCGACUUAUGAAUAAGACAGGAGGAACUCUGCUGCAGAGAGCUGAUAUCUGGUCAGAGGAGAUCGGGGCCACCAGACGACCUGAGGCAAGACGACCUGAAGCCAGGCGACCUGAGGCCAGACGACCGGAGGCCAGACAACCGGAGCCCAGACAACAUGCUGCUGUGGAAAACACUGGAGGAAUGAGGUCGGAAGACAUCAGACAGAUCCGAGAGGAGAUGACUCUGGGCAGGGUACCCUCAAGGGCACCGUCCCCAGUGGGGAGCGUUUAUCGCUCUCGAGGAGGCGGAGGAGGUGUGUCCAUGAGAGCCAAGGUGGCCCACCAGCCGGCUGGCAACAAUCCUACCCUGCUGCCGUUCUCCAGGGGACAGAUCAUCACGGUUAUGGUCCAGCAGCCCAGGAACGGCUGGCUAUACGGAAAUACUGAAAACGGUUCAAAUCAGGGAUGGUUUCCAGCCUCCUAUGUAGAAGAACUUGAUGAUCCUCCAAUGUCCCCCAACUUGCGUAACUCCAAUCUCCACACUAACAUGAGCAACCUGGUCAGACCAAGAGCCAGCAGUACCAACAAUGGUAUGUUUGAUCAGCCAAAACCAAGCAACAAGAACUUCAGCACUAACAGCAGCAUCGGCAGCACAGGUGGAGCCCAACCCCCUCCACCUCCACCUCCAAUGCAGACGUCAUCUAAAUCAGAGUCACACCGACCGCAGAGCGAACUUUUCCCAAGGGGGACCAAUCCAUUUGCUACAGUUAAGUUGAAGCCUACUAAGACCAAUGACAGAUCUGCUCCAAUAAUACAUCGGAGAUGACUUCUUUUCCAGGAAAGAGAUGCUUCCAUUUAGUUUAACAGGUGGAUGUGCAGAAGGGGCUCUUUUGUCAAACCAAAGCACUCAUCCGUGUGCCAUAUUGCCUUCUGAGAAAAUACUGUCAUAUACACCUAGAUACAGGAAAAAAACUAAUAUAAGGUAAAUAUUUUUGCUGAGAUGUAAACCAAAAUGCACAUCAGCAAGAACGAAUCACUGAUUAUAUGAUGCUACCCGUAUUCAAACCUGUGCCGAUUUACCCAGAUCAAUUUUCUGAAAACCUUUAUAUAAAAAUCAUCUUGUGAGUACAGCAAUUGCCCAUUUAGAGGGGCUAGAAAGUAUUCAAACCUCUUGAACUUUUCUUUUCAUAUUUUGUAUUGUUAAAGCCACACUCUUUACCUGGUUGUAUUUGGAUCUUAUGUGGUAGAGAAAACUUCACCUGUUUAUUUUCUUGGGAGGAGGGGUUAUGAAACAGAUUAAAUAGAUAGGUAUGGACUGUGAGUCAUUCUAGCAAUAUGCUUUUAAUAUGCAACACUUUUCUCUGUUGUUAAGUUUUCGUUCCGAAUGAUGUCUUCCUGUCAUUUUGGUGAGAUGCCAUAUUUUUCUUGGUUGAUGGGUUGGAUACAUGAGGUGUUCAAAGCUUAGGAUAUAUUUUUACAUUUACGUUUUACCAAUAUUUUAAUUGUUUUUACUCCAACUCAUUUGGAAGGCAGAACCAAAGUCCUAUAAAAUAUUACCAGAGAGCUUACGUUUGACCUUUGAUAUGAGACAUGGCCUGUGUUGACAAAGGGAACCGUCACAUAAUUUAUACCAGGAAAAUGCUAAAAAAAAUAUGGAGUAUAUCCAUGGAUGGGAUAUACUUUUUCAGCCAUUAAAGAUACCUGAGCUUUUUUCUUCAAUCAUUCCAGUGUUUUCAUAUGCAUUCAAAUGUAUUUAGUUGUAUGUUAUGUAUAUUAUUUUGUAGCUUCUGGAAAGAAAGCUUUAUCCUGCCACAUGUCUGGGCCUGAUCUUUUUCUCCAUCUCCAUUAAUACCCACAUGUUCAAUAUGUGAGAUUACUUCUGUUGUUAAAUAUUACAUGUGAAGAAAAUGUACUUUGGAAAAUGGCUUCUAGAAAAUAGUAGAACCUGAGGCAAAUGGUGUAAAACUUGGGUGUCAUGAAUAAUUUAAUGUAUUAAAAGAUAAUGUCAUGCCAUCCGUCUGGGAUAAUAAUAAUUGAUUUUAACUUCUGCACCUUAUGUACGAAUUGAAUGUAUCCCUCACUGCUGAUAAAUAUAUAAUCAAACCUGUCACAUAUAUUUCUUUACACUUAUCAAAUAAAUUAACAGUAAUAUAUGAUGUA